UCUGAAUUCAUCCAACACCAUCUUUCUUUGCGAUUACUUCAUUUCCAAAUUCCCAAUUCCCAAUUCGAAACCCUAAUUUCUUCCAAAUUCCCAAAUUCUUCGAUUCAAUGGCACCAAAGGGAGAGAAGAAGCCAGCGGAGAAGAAACCCGCAGAGGAGAAGAAGUCGACCGUAGCAGAGAAGGCUCCCGCUGAGAAGAAGCCAAAGGCAGGAAAGAAGCUGCCAAAGGACGGUGGUUCAGCCGCUGCCGGAGAGAAGAAGAAGAAGAGAAACAAGAAGAGCGUAGAAACAUACAAGAUCUACAUCUUCAAAGUUCUGAAACAAGUUCACCCUGACAUUGGUAUCUCAAGCAAAGCCAUGGGUAUAAUGAACAGUUUCAUCAACGACAUAUUCGAGAAACUCGCACAAGAAUCAUCAAGACUUGCAAGGUACAACAAGAAGCCAACAAUCACUUCUAGGGAAAUUCAAACUGCUGUCAGACUUGUUCUUCCUGGUGAAUUGGCCAAGCAUGCUGUUUCUGAGGGUACCAAAGCUGUGACCAAGUUCACAAGUUCUUAGACUGGAGAUGAUUUCAUUGGCCUCUCUAUUGUGUUCUUGUUUUCUGGGAUAUGUUACUCUAUCUGAUUUCAGGAUCUAUUAGAGAUUUUAAUUAGUAGUUUUUAUUUUUCGUGUUUCUUACUUUUGAAAUUGUAAUGAAGUAAUUGGAUCUUUAUGGUCCUUUUUGUGUAUAAAAAUGAAGGAAUUAAUCGUUCUUAUUA